AAUACUUAAUGUGCCGCUGCCUUACUACCAACAGCCACGAGAAGUUUCAUAAUAUUUUAGAAAUAUUUUAAGUAUUCAUCUCAAUCAAAACUCUCUUGUUUUCUUCAAUGAAUGAAGGAGUGGGAGGGUUGCCACUUGUCAUAAUACUCUAGGAUAUUGCAGAAUUUAUCGGAAUCAGCGUUUAUUUUUAUUAUGUGUGCACACAAAAAUUGCCAACCUCGUCUAUUUAAGGAACACUCGUAACCAUUACUUUAAGUAUAGUGGUACCUAGAGAUUAAUUACAUAAACUUCUCGUCGGUACUCUUAGAUCAAAAUGAAGAUCGAAAUUGAAGUUGUCACCACAGAGACCAUCAAGCCAUCUUCUCCAACCCCUAAUCACCUCGGCCAUUACCAACUCUCAUUCCUUGAUCAAUUAGCUCCCCCUGUGUUCAUGCCACUAGUCCUCUUCUACCCACUGGACACCAACACCAAAUUCACCAACAUGGACGUCCUAGACAAGUCCAACCACCUCAAGAGCUCCUUAUCCGAGGCCUUAACCCUAUUCUAUCCCCUCGCCGGACGAGUCGUCGACAACCUCUACGUGGACUGCAAUGACACCGGCGUCCCCUACGUGGACGCCAAAGCCGCCUGCCGGCUCUCUGAAGUCGUCCGGGACCCGAUCCCACACGAACUCAACAAGUUGAUCCCAUAUGAAUUGGAUGACAUUAGGGACCUCCCUAUAGUCAUCCAAGUCACAAUGUUCACUUGUGGUGGCAUAGCAAUUUCUCUAGGCAUCUCUCACAAGGUUGCUGAUGCUCUGUCAUUCUUGUAUUUUAUCAAUAGCUGGGCCGCCAUUGCGCGUGGUGAUUGCGACAUACCAUGUCCACUGUUCGAGUCCGCCGCGCUCUUCCCGCCAAGAGACCUCACCGGCUUCAAACCGAGCACCGGCAUAGUAAAAGAGAACAUAGUGACAAAAAGGCUUGUGUUCACUGCCUCUAAGAUAGCUGCUCUCAGAGACAAAUACACAAACACCACAACCAAACACUGCCCCACACGCCCAACACGCAUUGAGGCUCUAUCUGCCUUCAUUUGGACCCGUUUCAUGGCCUCCGCUAGAGCCAAAACCGGCCAUGAUGACAAGACCUACACGGUCCUCCACGCGGUGAACCUUCGAAACAGAUUUGAUCCGCCAUUGACAGAGAAUUACUUCGGGAAUAUCAGCCGGCACGCGGUAGCAUUUCCUUCCAUGGACAGUACUGAGGACGAGUGUCAUGGGAUAGUGGAUUUGAUGAGGGAUUCGUUAAGGAAAAUCGAUGGGGAUUUCGUGACAAAGCUCCGGGAGACUGACAACCACUUGAACUUCAUCAAAGAGAGAGCUGAGAAGUUUAUCAGAGGCGAGGUGGUUACGUUUAGCUUCACUAGUUUGUGCAGGUUUCCGACGUAUGAAGCCGAUUUUGGGUGGGGAAAACCGAUAUGGGUUGGCUCUGCUAGCCUUACAUUCAAGAAUUUGGUUUGUUUCAUGGACACGAGGUUGGGUGAUGGCAUUGAAGCAUGGGUUAACUUGAAGGAGGAAGACAUGGCCAAGUUUGAAGCUGAUGAAGAGCUGCUGACAAUGGUUUCCACAACUUCAGAUGGUAAAACUUCUGGGUUUUAGAGAUUAAUUACUUGAAUUGGAUGACAUUUUAGGGUUCUAGUCAAACUGUGUCUGAAUUUAUGUAAUAUAACUUUCUUUUGUGUGCGUCUCUUUUUUCUUCGUUGAAAGUGUACAGAAUUUUAUGUUCUAGUUUUGGGUGUGAAGUUGUAAGUAUGUUCUAUGUGAAUUUUAUAAAAUUAGACUAAAAGUUGUGGUCA